ACGAGCGAGCCGGCAGGUCGUGUGUGUGAGCGUGCGUCCCCCUCGCGCGUGUCCCCGCCGCCUUCGAGACCGCCCCGCCGGCCGGCCCUGCCCCACGUGGUCACCGUCCCUCGAACAUGUUGUGACCCUCGGCCAGGAGUGACACAGGAUGGACUUGCUGUGCGCCGAGGAACUGGGCAGCGAGCGCCUGUGCGCCUCCCUGGGGGACCUGCAGCAGGACCUGCAGGAGAACCAGCCGCCCCGGCACCAGCCGCAACCCUUGCACUCGCAGACCGCCGGCAGGGACGCCGUCAUCUUCGAGGACUCGCGCGUCCUGCAGAACCUCCUGGACCUGGAGGCCGUGUACGUGCCGCCCUGCAACUACUUCGUCGUGGUGCAGCGCGACAUCCAGCCCUACAUGCGCAAGGUCGUCUCCACGUGGAUGCUGGAGGUCUGCGAGGAGCAGCAGUGCGAGGAUCAGGUGUUCCCGCUGGCCGUCAACUUCCUGGACCGCUUCCUGUGCGCGUGCUCCAUCUCCCGGCGGCAGCUGCAGCUGGCGGCCGCGGUCUGCCUCCUGCUCGCCUCCAAGAUCAGGCAGUGCCACGCGCUCAGCGUGGACCUGCUGUGCUUCUACUCGGACCACAGCAUCGUGCCGGACGAGCUCCGGAUGGGAGCGUCGGGGCAAGCGAAGUUAGAUACUGUAAUCAAAUAG